UGUUUUAGGCAGCCAGAAGUUUGUUUAGUCGUAGGUUAUUCAUUUAUUGCAAUUCUAAGGAAAUUGUGUAUGUAAAAUCUCGUUUGGUGAUCCAUAGUCUAUGGUAUUCCCUCGUAAACUACAAAAUAUGAAGACAGGAUAGGUAUAACACUCUUUGACAUGAAGUUAUGAAUAUACGAAUACGCACAUGCGCGAAUCGUUCAAAACCUGAACUUUUAAAUUGUUGCUUUGAAAAAGCGGGAGAGGUUACGUUUUUUUCAAAUCAUAUUAUUGAUUGUGUAAAUUAUAUGAAUUUUUUCAUUGCAGAGAAUUUUGUUAAUAUAUCGUAAUAAUAAUAAAUUAAUAAUAAUAAUAAUGAGUAAAAAAUUAAAGCUUGAUCUUUUGAAAACGCCAAGAUCUUUACGAUCUGGAAAUAAAGCUACUAUUACAGAUUCGUCAUCUACAUCAUCAAAGUAUUUUGAUAAUGAAAAUACAUUGCCAAAGAAAAUAGAGAAGAAAAAGCGGUCUCCUAUAAAAAUAGAAUAUGAAGACACAGAAAAUGUUGACAUACAAAGUAAUGACAUCAAACUGGAAGAUGUAAAACAUGAAAUUAUUAAAAAGGAAAAUACACAGGAAGUUGACGUACAAAGUAAUGACAUCAAACUGGAAGAUGUAAAACAUGAAAUUAUUAAAAAGGAAAGUACACAGGAAGAAAAUAUUUGGAUGCCACAAAAUUGGGAAAUUGUUUUGAAUAAUGUCAAAGAAAUGCGAAAACACAGAACUGCACCUGUAGAUGAAAUGGGUUGUCAUAAGUGCGCUGAUCCUAAAGCUUCUGCUAAAGUUAUUAGAUUUCAAUCGUUAGUAGCACUGAUGCUUAGUAGCCAAACCAAAGAUCAAGUUACUCAUGCAGCCAUGCAGAGAUUGAAUGCUUAUGGCUGUACUCCAGAAAUGCUAAGAGAUACUCCUGAUGAUGUUCUUGGGAAAUUGAUAUAUCCAGUUGGAUUUUGGAAGAGAAAAGUAAUAUAUAUUAAAAAAACAGCAGGUAUUUUAAUUGAUAAAUACGAUAGUGAUAUUCCUAGAACAUUAAAGGAAUUGUGUGAGUUACCUGGGGUUGGACCAAAAAUGAGUCAUAUUUGUAUGCAAAUAGCAUGGGGUGAAGUUUCUGGCAUUGGCGUGGAUACACACGUACAUCGUAUUUGUAAUAGAAUGGGUUGGGUUAAAAAACCAACAAAGACACCAGAACAAACAAGAACUGCAGUAGAAGAAUGGCUACCAAAAAAUCUUUGGAGCGAGGUAAAUCAUCUACUUGUAGGAUUUGGCCAAGAAAUUUGCUUACCAAGAUUUCCUAAAUGUAAUGAGUGUCUGAAUAGAAAUAUAUGUCCAUUUAGUACAAAAAAUAAAAUAAAAGACACGUAAUUUAUGCAAAUUGUUUAUUACAAACUGUAUUUAUUUAU